AUGGAGAAUAAUCUUCACACGCUUCUGAUUAGGAAGGAUAUCAAAAUAACCACGACCUUCCACCAGAAGUGGGAAACUUCCUUAGGGUGGUGGCAACCUAAACCUGCGACCACUCUUCUGAUCCCUAGUAUGCGCUAUACCUGUCCUGAAGCAUCACGUGAUAUGACCUCUGCGGGCCGUGCCCUCACCGGCAUCGGUCUGUCCUUCCUCCCUGGCCCAGCCAGCGGUCCUACAAGCAAGAGGGGGUGUAACCUAAAUAGAUUGAAGGAGCAGAAGAGCUGCUUCGCCAUGGCAAAAGGGGAACUGAUACCACAAACAUGUGAUGCGGGCACGCGCCAACGGGAGUGUAUGGCCUCAGCUGACCUGUUUGGAGGUCACAUGACCUGUGCUUCAUACAUAAGCACGAAUCCUGACAAGCGAGGCUUGGCAGCAAUUCGUCUCUCCUACAAUACACUCCUAUCUCUCCAAGACCUUGCUCUCAGUGCUAUCCGUGCUAUCUACUAUCCCAUCUUUACAUUCAAAUCGCUCACAAGCCAGUAUACCGCUCGAGAGCAACAUUCCCACGCAAUGGUGUCGACGCGAUCGGAUGCAACCGGCACUCUGGGACCGCCUGAGGAGCCGAUUGACACAGCUGCUCCUGGUAAUACCCAACCAAGGUUAACACCAUCGCGUGGGAGGGUUGCUCUCGAGCGGUAUACUGGCUUGUGUGAGCAAUUUGAAUGUAAAGAGCAAGGUCUUGGAGAGAUAGGAGUGUAUUGUAGGAGAGACGAAUUGCUGCCAAGCCUCGCUUGUCAUGUGACCUCCAAACAGGUCAGCUGA